AUGUUCCUACGGCCCUGGAAGAAGGACUCGGCAACAAAAGACACGGAAUGGACCAUCGAGCAGUACGAGGAUGCGAGUGAAGAAGCAGCUGCUACGGAAGAAGAGAACCGCGAGUUCCAGCGGGAGCAACAGCUGCCCCUAAAGUUCGCUGCGGACACCCGCCUCGCCACAAGAGAUCUGUUAGGCCGGCACACAGAGGACGAGCCCAAGCGGAUUGCGGAAGUCUACACCAUGCGGUUCGGGUAUCUGUCGGACCCGCUCAUUGGCGAAGGAAGUCUUGCGGCACUAGCAACCAAGGCACCCACCGCGGCGCAAUGCUGA